AUGAAGAGAAGAUCCGCCAAAAAAUCAAGACACGGCUGUAGCGAGUGCAAAAGACGGCACGUGAAAUGCGACGAGACAAAACCAUCGUGCGCCAACUGUAACGUUCGUCAGCUGUCUUGCUCGUUUCUUCCCGCUCUGCCUGUCCCGUGCGGAGCUGCUCCCGCCGGAACCUCCCCUCACUCAUCAUGCCCGGCCUCAGGUGCAUCCGGGUCCGCGCAAUCUGGUCAAGCACCCCGGCGUGCAGCUGUAUUAGCACCUUGGUCCAUAUACGACCCGGCUUUCACAAUCAGUUCUCUAGCUGCUACUGAGCAAACAUUCAAAUUGCAUCACCUAGAGCUCUUGCAUAAUUUCAAGGUAGGCGUCCUGGGGGACAGCGUCUAUACGUCGUCGGCUGCCGAUGGCUACAUGUCCAUGACGGUGCGGGCCGCCGCGAGAGCCCCGUACUUGAUGGACCAGGCUCUCGCUGUAUCAGCCGCGCAUAUGAGUGUCAAGCGACCACAUCAGCGAUGUUUUUACCUAAAAGAGGCGGCGCAUCUACAAACACGUGCGCUCACCCUGUUCAACGCCGCUCAGGUCUUGAACACAACCGAUCACGAUCAUGUCCUGGCCCGCUUCGUCUUCUCCACGCUCCUCUCACAUCAAGUCCUUUUCGACGCAUUCUCAACCCGGAUCGAUUUUCCAACGCUUUUGGAUAGAUUAGUCGCUGCUCUCCGCAUCUGCGGUGGCGUUCGACUCAUGUGCGGAGAGUGGUGGCCAUUCAUCAUGACACAGUACCAAGAACAAGUUGGAAUCGAUCUUCUUCAUCAAUCUCUAAACGUGGCCGGCCCUGAAACCGCACUCAAAAAACCCAAUAAUAGGCGCUUCCGAGCAACGCGCUUACAUCAGUGGGCCGUUCGGGUGCCGUCGAGCUUCAUCAACCUUGUAGAGAAACGACAACCAGAGGCUCUCAUUAUCGUUGCAUACUACGCACUCCUCAUACACGAUGCGAAGGGCUACUGGGUAUCUGGCGGCGCCGGUGCCUUUAUCAUCCGUUCUAUCACCGCAUUCCUAGGCGAAUAUUGGGCACAGUGGCUAACAUGGCCAAAUGAAGUGCUAGAUUCUGUCGAAACCUAG